AUGGCUGCGAUGGCGCCCGCUCUCACUGACGCAGCAGCUGAAACACACCAUAUCCGGUUCAAACUGGCUCCCCCAUCCUCCACUUUGUCCCCUGGCAGUGCCGAGAAUAACGGCAACGCCAACAUCCUUAUUGCUGCCAACGGAACCAAAAGAAAAGCCAUUGCUGCAGAGGAUCCCAGUCUAGACUUCCGAAAUAACCCUACCAAGGAAGACUUGGGGAAGCUGCAACCACUGGUGGCAUCUUACCUCUGUUCCGAUGUGACAUCUGUUCCCUCGAAGGAGUCACUGAAGUUGCAAGGUGUCUUCAGCAAGCAGACAGUACUCAAAUCUCACCCUCUCUUAUCUCAGUCCUAUGAACUCCGAGCUGAGCUGUUGGGAAGACAGCAAGUUUUGGAGUUUUCCUUAGAAAAUCUUAGAACCAUGAAUACAAGUGGUCAGACAGCUCUGCCACAAGCACCUGUAAAUGGGUUGGCGAAGAAAUUGACUAAAAGUUCAACACAUUCUGAUCAUGACAAUUCCAGUCCCCUUAAUGGGGGAAAACGGGCUCUCACUUCAUCUUCUCUUCAGGGGGGUGAAGUGGUAGCAUCUGAAUCUGGGGACUUGAAAGGGGGUAUGACCAAUUGCACUCUUCCACAUAGAAGCCUUGAUGUAGAACAUACAACUGUAUUUAGCAAUAAUAGCACUGCAAACAAACCUUCUGUAAAUUCCAUGGAACAGCCAGCACUUCAAGGAAGCAGUAGGUUAUCACCUGACACAGACUCCAGUUCUAACGUGGGGGGUGUCAAGUUAGAGGGUAAAAAGUCUCCCCUGUCUUCCAUCCUUUCCAGUGCUUUAGAUUCUGACACCAGGAUAACAGCUUUACUGCGGCGGCAGGCUGACAUUGAGAGCCGGGCCCGCAGGUUACAGAAGCGCUUACAGGUUGUGCAAGCCAAGCAGGUGGAGAGGCACGUACAGCAUCAGCUGGGUGGAUUUCUAGAAAAAACUUUAAGCAAGCUGCCAAACUUGGAAUCUUUGAGGCCCCGGAGCCAGUUGAUGCUGACUCGAAAGGCCGAAGCUGCAUUGAGAAAAGCUGCCAGUGAGACCGCUGCUUCAGAGGGACUUAGCAACUUCCUGAAAAGUGAUUCGAUUUCAGAAGAAUUGGAGAGAUUUACAGCCAGUGGUAUAGCCAACUUGAGGUGCAGUGAACGAGCGUUUGAUUCCGACAUCACAGACAGUAGUUCAGGAGGAGAGUCUGAUAUCGAAGAGGAAGAACUGACCAGAGCUGACCCUGAGCAGCGCCAUGUACCCCUGAGGCGCAGGUCAGAAUGGAGAUGGGCUGCAGACCGAGCAGCUAUUGUCAGCCGCUGGAACUGGCUUCAGGCUCAUGUUUCUGACUUGGAAUAUCGAAUCCGGCAGCAAACAGAUAUUUACAAACAGAUACGUGCUAAUAAGGGGUUGAUAGUUCUUGGAGAGGCGCCUCCCCCAGAGCACACAACAACAGACUUUCUUCUUCCAUUUAGUUCUGAGGUGAAGACAGAUCAUGGGAAUGAUAAACUGAUCGAAUCUGUUUCUCAGCCACUGGAAAACCACGGUGCCUCUGGUCAUCCUUCAGAGUCACUGUCUGCUAAAUCGUGUGGAGCGUUGAGACCUGUCAAUGGAGUUAUUAACACUCUUCAGCCUGUCUUGGCAGACCACAUUCCAGGUGACAACUCUGAUGCUGAGGAACAGUUGCAUAAAAAGCAACGACUGAAUCUAGUUUCAUCAUCAACUGAUGGCACCUGCGUGGCAGCCCGAACCCGUCCUGUGCUGAGCUGCAAGAAACGAAGGCUUGUUCGACCCAGCAGCAUUGUGCCUCUUUCCAAGAAGGUUCACCGGAACAGCACAGCGCGUUCUGGCUGUGAUGUGAACCCUUCCUGCGCGCUGUGCGGCUCAGGCAAUGCCAGCACCAUGCCUCCAGAAAUCCACUACGAAGCCCCUCUGUUGGAACGCCUUUCCCAGUUGGACUCCUGUGUUCACCCGGUUCUAGCAUUUCCAGACGAUGUCCCCACAAGCCUGCACUUUCAGAGCAUGCUGAAAUCUCAGUGGCAGAACAAGCCUUUUGACAAAAUCAAACCUCCAAAAAAGUUUUCACUUAAGCACAGAGCACCCAUACCAGGCAGUCUGCCAGAUCCAGCUCGUAAAGACAGGCACAAGUUGGUCAACUCCUUCCUAACAACAGCCAAGCUGUCCCAUCACCAAACCCGGCCUGACAGGACCCACAGGCAGCACUUAGACGAUGUGGGGGCCGUGCCUAUGGUGGAACGAGUGACAGCGCCAAAAGCAGAGCGCUUGCUCAGUCCGCCGCCACCCGUGCAUGACCCAAACCACAGCAAAAUGAGAUUGCGAGACCAUGCAUCUGAGAGAAGUGAAGUAUUGAAACAUCACACGGACAUGAGCAGUUCGAGCUACUUGGCGGCCACCCACCACUCACCACACAGUCCCUUGGUGCGACAGCUCUCCGCCUCCUCAGACACCUCUGCACCCACCAGCUCUAGCCCACAGGUCACAGCCAGCACGACUCAGCCAGUAAGGAGGAGAAGGGGAGAGAGCUCCUUCGAUAUUAACAACAUUGUCAUCCCGAUGUCUGUUGCUGCUACCACCCGUGUAGAGAAGCUCCAGUACAAGGAAAUCCUUACCCCCAGCUGGCGGGAGGUUGAUCUUCGGUCUCUGAAGGGGAGCCCUGACGAGGAGAACGAGGAGAUCGAGGACCUGUCUGACGCAGCCUUCGCCGCUCUGCAUGCCAAAUGUGAGGAGAUGGAAAGGGCUCGGUGGCUGUGGACCACAAGUGUGCCACCGCAGCGGCGGGGCAGCAGGUCUUACCGGUCAUCAGAUGGACGGACGACACCCCAACUGGGCUGUGCCAACCCCUCCACCCCCCAGCCCGCCUCCCCGGACGUCAGUAGCAGUCACUCCUUGUCGGAGUUCUCCCACGGGCAGUCCCCCAGGAGCCCGAUUAGCCCGGAGCUGCACUCGGCCCCCCUCACUCCCGUGGCUCGGGACACCCUGCGACACCUGGCCAGCGAAGACACACGCUGUUCCACACCAGAGCUGGGGCUGGACGAGCAGUCCGUCCAGCCGUGGGAGCGGCGGACCUUCCCCCUGGCGUACAGCCCCCAGGCGGAGAGUGAGGACCAAUUGGAUGCACAGGAACGGGCGUCCCGCUGCACUCGGCGCACCUCGGGCAGCAAGACUGGCCGGGAGACAGAGGUGGCGCCCACCUCGCCUCCUGUCAUUCCCCUCAAGAGUCGGCAUCUGACCGCCACAGUCACAGCUCAGCGUCCAACUCACAGAUGA